AUGAUGUCCAUCUCCUCUGCAGACAAGUUCUACGAUGAGACCAUAGCAAAGAUGUUCCUGCAGUUUUAUGAGCACACAGCCCAGGUUGUGUGGAACCAGUUCGUGGAGGCCACCUGGGACUAUGUCACCAACACCACCAAGAAAAAUCAGGAGCACAUGCUGCACAAGGACGUGGAAAAGUCCCAGCACUCGCUGUACUUUGGCAGCCAGGCCGGCUUGUUUGAGAUCGCCAGGUUCCAGGACCCAACCGUGAGGCGCAUGCUAAGUAAGCUGCAGAACAGAGAAAAGGCAGCCCUGACCAAGGACGAGCUCCAGGAGUACAACAAGCUUCUGGCCUCCAUGAAGACAACAUACAGCAUGGCCCAGGUGUGCCUGAAUGAGGGUCCCUGCCUGCCGGUGGAGCCUGAUGAGCACCCCAGCCCUGCCCCCUGCCCAACCACAGACUCUGUAACCCCAGCCCCUCCACGCUGCCUCCCUCGUCCUCCUCCCUGCCCCCACUGUGCUCCCUGAUUGGGGGGCGGAAGCUGCCUAGGACGGGUGAGGGCAGAAGGCAGGCCAGUAGUGGGGGUCCCACCUGGGCCCCUUUUCUGGCCACAGACCUCACAGAACUCAUGGCCCCCUCCCGGGACCAGAAGGAGUUACUGUGGGCCUGGCAGGGCUGGCCGGAUGCCAUGGGUCCCCAGCUUCAAAUCACCUUCGAGUGCUACGUGCAGCUCAGCAACAAGGCUGCGAAGCUCAGCGGUGAGGCCCCCGACCCCACGCAUGAGUCCAGCCUGACCAGCACACUGCUGGGUCUCAGAGCAAGGCCUGGCAGGGGCACAGAGCAAUGCCCGUGGUAACCUG